GUCUGCUUUGCUUUGAUGUAGACUGAUGAACUAUGGGACAUGGGAGCUGCAAACAGUGAAAUCAAGGUAAGUGAUUAAAUGUGUCAAUCACAAAUUAUUAAAAAUGUCCUAAAAUAUUACAUUUUCUUUCUUUACAAACAUGCGCUAUAGGGACAAUGAUGCUGAAAUAGAUUAUGAGGACAGAACUUGUGUGACGACCCUAAAAAAAAGUUUAAUAUUCUGCGUAAUUAAUACUGUAUAAUUCUCUCCAACAAAUUGCUAUGUAUAGGUCAAUCAUUAUUAUACAUUCCCUAGGUGCAAAAUCAUUGCUGUGUAACUGGGCUACUUUUUUAUUUUCCUGUUAAAAAUUUGGGUUGCAAUGGAAAGCUAUAAUAUUAAUAGUUAUUUAUUGCAAAAGACUCAUUGAUUGUCCUAGAUUUUUUUCCUUGUUGAGUAUUUCUAUGUAUUGAUCACAUGGUAAUGUUUACAAUAUGAUUCAAGUAUCUACGUUAUUGCUAUCCCUAAAAUAGUAAGUAUUUACAUUGUUGUAUCCGAUAUAAAUCUUCUUGGAUUUUAUUUUGGAAAAUUACUUUGCAGAGUGGUUCGCCUUUGACAAGCAAUUUUUUGGUUCCACCUUUGAAAAUACAUCUGAGCAGAGAUUGCUUGCUUGCAUCUGGACUUAGUCGGUUGUGGAUCGCCGGACGUACAUUAAAAGAAAAAUUCCAGACCACUCAGCCUUUCAGCUCUGAAGGGGAGAAAACAACAGAGCGACCACUGCCUCAGUACAUCUCCCUAUUCCUGCCAGAAUUUCCACUUUGGCAGCCUGUAGGACAACAAGAAUUAAAGGUAAUCUUUUCAUGACAUACUAUUUCACUUUACCAUCAAUCAAGGGUAGACGGAUUCCUUGCUAAAGCUUAAUUGAAAUAGAUUUUUCUUUGAUUAUAUUGAUUACAUUCUAUGCCCACACUAGAAUAUAUUAUUAAUGUCUUUAAAAGUCAAGAGACAACUGAGUAUUGCCCUAUAGUUACCGCAAAGGAUUAACAGGUAUAUACUACUUAAAUGUUAAUCUGUAAUUAACAAGAAAGAGAUCCCUACAACAAUCCUCGUGGGUAUUGAUUACGCUUGCGUGAUCAAAUACAGGUUGGACUUGUGUACUUACCUACUUAUUUGGGUUAUUCACUAAACUCCAAAUUUUAUUGAAUCUGAUUUGAACAUUAGGAUAAUAGCUGAUCUGUAAAAAAUCUCCACCUCCGCUCUUGUCACAGCGUAGCGAUUUUAGCCUGAAUUCACUAAUUCGGGUUAUAUACACUAAAACUCAGUUUGGUGAAUAUUUCUGUAUCUAUUGGCAAUUAUUGUCUUGACUUUUCCUGCUGUAGAUUUUAGGAUGUGUUGCCAAAGGUUCGCUUGGACCAGUGCUUAAGGUUUUAGACUGUACCGAACAGAAGAUCUUUGCAUUAAAGGUAAGAAUUUGUACCUACGUCAAUGUAUUCAUUUUGUAUACCUCUAGGAAGUUUAUUUCUUAAUUAUUUGUGUCUUUUAUAAAGGUGUUACCAAAAGUGGAAAUCUUGAGACGGAAUACACUGAAACAAUGUAAGGAAGAAGUCAGCAUACAGGUACGUAUUGCAUUGGCUUGCAACUCUAGGAUGAUACGACUUCCAAUUGGCAACGAGCGAUAACUAACAGAGGCUGUUUUGUUUUCUAUCAGCGUCAGGUCAAGCAUCCAUUCAUUCAGUGUUUGGGGAACAGCUGGCAAGGGCAACAGCAUCUCUUUAUCAGUGAGUUACCAAAGCUUCUUUAUUUCUAAAUGAAUGCAGCGUAUUUGUAUUGGCAAUGUCGUCAUUUUACUGGCACGGACAGAUUUCUUCUAAAUCACUGCCAACACCCACACACCAAAAAACAGCAUUUUAGAUCUUUUUAUUCAGGUAUGCACUUGCAGUGUUGGGUCCCAAAUACUCAAACAUCUUGGCAUGUUAGGGUAAUGCCAUGUCAUAAGAAUCCUACAAGAGUCUUAUCAACCCUCAAUUUGGCACUCACGACAUGUACAUUAUGUAGGCAGAGCAGAUCAUUUCUGAGACAUAAUGAAGCAUCUUGGUUACCAGACCACAUACUAGCUGUGUUACUAUAGCUUAGUCCACCAGAGACGAUCUACCCUUUACCAUAGUACCUUAGUCAACACUGCUAUGCUGUCAGGUUGUGUUCCCAAAAUUAGGACAAUCUUCGCCAAAAGGAUAUGGAGACAAAACAUUAAUAUUAAACUCUGUACUCUGUACUAUCUAAAACCCAUUGCAACUGUGUAGGAGGUACUACCAUAUGUCUCAAUUUCUGUCUAACACCUCAGUCUGUUUUUUUUCACUCAGACCAUUUUUCCAUAACUGCCCCAUUAAACAUUUGUAGUGAUAUUUAGACGAGUAUGGGAGAAAUUAACUUGCAUUAGCUAUAUUCCAUGCUUUUUCAAAUGCCUUCAAUUCUAUUGAUCAUAAUAUUUUAUUAACUAAGCUCAAAACCUCAUGUCUAGGUGAACACUCCCUAAACUUCUUCACUUCUGUACCAAUAUACACAGUAUAUUUACUAAGAGUUUUGAACGCACUGAAUAUUCCAUGUAACUUUCCAUAAGGUUCCGUUCUUGGACGUUGCAUCCAUAGAUGAUGUACUGAUGGCUUGCGACAUCACAACUGUGCAUAUGGAUGCAGACUACACCAUGAUCUGCACACUAAGAAAUCAGAGCUAUCACAACUCGAUUUUGUUUUACAGCAGAAUUUCUCUGGGUAUGAGAGAUGUGUCUAUGAAGCAAGCUGGUUUUAUAUAUCAUAUAAACUGUCACUAUAGAAUUUUAAACAAAGCACACAUGUCCAAACAACAUAAUCUCCAACUGAAAAUCAAACUAUUAUCAAAGUAUAAUUUUGGCCUCAGAGAGAACACCAGUAAAUAACUUGAAAGGUGCUCAAACCCUAUACACGCAUAUGGAUGUCAAUUGGGCAACCAGUUCUUUGUUCAGGAAUUAAACUUGUUUGAAUCCUGUUAUUAGGAGACUUGCAGUAAAACUAACUAGAAUGCCAGUCACUGAUUACUGGUAAGUCUAAUUUAUAAAUGCAUCUCUAUAAAUUCAGUAAAUAUAUAUAUAUAUAUUUUUUUUUGUUUUGUUUUUUUUGUUCUGACAUACGUUACCAUCAAUGUAAAUUAUUAGUAUAAAUUAAAAAGGCUAGCACUCAAAUCUAGAUGUAUUACUUUAGCUUCAUUCCACACUACCAGAACGCGCUGUCCCUGCUCUCAAAAAAAAAAUCUAAGAACGCCAAUUCGUCUUCCUCCUUCUUAUUCUUUAUUCCCUGUUACAAUAAGAAAGUGGGUCAUAGAGUCUUCUCAUACAGAGCUCAAUAACAGUAGAAUAAUGUACCAGAAAAUAUCAAAACUUCUACUGGCCUGCAAUUUCUGAAACGAUCUCUCUCAAAAUAAAUCAUAAACCAAACCUGUAAAAACUACUAAUGGUUAUCUGUGUUUAUGCUUUGUGUAUGUGAAAGGGACACUGUAGGUACCCAGACCACUUAGCUCAUUGAAGUGGUCUGGGUACACUGUCCCUAUUGCCCUUAGUGCUGCAAUGUUAAACAUUGCAGUUCCAGAGAAACUGCAAUGUUUAAAUUGCAGCACUUAGUCAACCACUACAGGGCUUCCUGGUUUGAAAUGGACCUUUGGUCCGGUAUCUGACGCUGGACAUCCUCACGCUCUGCGUUGAUUCAAUGCUUUCCUGUGGGGAGGUCUAAUGUGCGCAUUACAAUUUUCAUAAUAAUGUGUAUACUGUUUAUUUCGUAUGCAGUGAUGAUUUAUAUUAAAUGCAUUUUCCCUGUAGUGUGCUCGUAUUGCAGUUUUGGAGACCUCUAUUCCUUAUGGACUUCUUCUAAGCGGAUAGAUGAAGAUACAUUGCGGAUAUUUGCCGCAGAGUUAAUAACAGUGUUAGGUAAGUAUACUGCAAUAGUCUAUCCAUGAUUCUGCUAGGCUAUCCAGAAUGGCUCCAGUUGAGUUUUUUCAAUGGAGGGAUACACAGCCCACCUGGAAAGAUAUAUUUAGGUGAUGGCGACUUGUAAUCCAUAUGUUUGCUAGACAUUUCAAUUGCAUACUAUAUACUAGUCCCUGGCCGGUGAAAAUUCAACCCUGGCGAGUGGAACAUCGGCAUAAACAGUGUGCCAUGGACUCUUCAGCACUGCAAGGGUUAAAUAGAGAUAUGUUUGAUUCUGUCUUGUCCAUUCUCAGAUAUAACUUUGCAGGAGGUGGUUUUAACCCUGAGUAGUAGCAAGGGAUACGACAUUUUUAGAACUACUAUAAAUAUAUAAUGUUAAUUAAAUUAUGUGUAUGAAAAAGUAAUUUUCAAUAUAUCAGUUUGUGUAUGAAUAAUAAUUUAAAUAUGUAAAUAUUACAGCUUAUUAUUAUAUUAACUGUAUUUCCCAUUUUCUUCUGCCAGCCCAUGGCGUAUGUGAUUUAGAAGUGUUUUCAUUUUCUUUUUUUUUUUUUUAUAAUUCUUUAUUUUUGUUGUGCACAGCUUACAUAAUAGGUUUUGCUUGCCACAAAAACAGUAGUACGCGUUAGAAAACUAUAACAUUGCAAACAUUGUUCUGCACAAUUUUUAUAUGUUUAAAUGUAGGAAGAGCAUAUGGUAAGAUAAACAGGUUAGUAGUUAGGUAGAGAACUGUGUGUCUUGCUAGGUGUUACGAGGGUAGGCUGCCACAGGAUAUCAGCAUGUCAAAGAUUGGUUGUCAGGCAGCGCUGUGAUUCUAGGGAAGCCUGAUCAGUCGUCGUUACUGAACAGGGUCUGCCCAAGUGUUAAUAGUAAGCCUCUGGGCUGCUUAAAAUUACGUGAGCUUCAACAUGUAGGAUUAAACUAAGGCAUCACUAAGCUGAAAUAAAAGUUUAACAAGGUAACUUUGCUUUCUAGGUUAUGAGAGAUCAAAUAUAAUACACAAGCUUGAUAGGAACUGUUAGGUUUGUCCCAGGUCAGUCCGUUUGCCAGGCAACAUAAGGGGCGCAGAGGGAGGCAGUGUUAGCGGUCUUCAACCAAUACCCCGUGCAUGCCAUCGUGGACAGUUCAUCCCAUGUUCGGGUAUCUCGGUCUCCCUGUCCGGCGGACAGGAAGUCAGUCUGUGCUGCAAAUGCAGUAGGCUGGUUGGGACACCCUGGGUUCUCCACGGGUCGCUUCUCCCUUUCUGGUGGCGGGUUGGUUUCUGCACACCGUAUCCUGCUGUGGAGGGGGGUGGCUGGUGGCUCUAUGCCGGCGCUGUCUGCAGCGGUGAGGCCGCAAUCUGUAUGCAUGGUGCUUUGGGGUUUUUGCGUCUCUUGGCUCCUGCCACCGGUGGGCUCACCGUCGUGGGUUGUGGUGGCCGCGAGGUGAUAAUACUUGGUAAGGGCUUCUCUUCCAGCCUGGUCCCGUUCUCACGAGUCUCUCCUCCGAGAUGAGGUGUUGUGGGCUGCAGGUGUAUCUCCACAGGGUCCCAGAGCCUCUCAAUGAAUUUCUCCAGCCUCCGCCAGGCUUGUUCAGUGGGGCUGAGCUGGAGCGCUUCAGACUGCGAGUGUCUGGGUUCACUCUGACAGAAGACAGCCGCCAUCUUGUAUUGUGCGGUAGUGGGUUGGCAAGGGCUAUUGCAGUUGUGGGGAUAGUUAUCGCCACUGAUUGCAAGCUUGUGCGGACCGGGAUAACCCCCACCUGUCCAAAGGGGGGGGGGGAGGUAAGCACGAAGCUCAAUACGUUGCGGGAACGUUUGAUUCCCGUCUAGGAGGUCGGCCGUUCCUCCCGCCCGGGUCUCGCUAGGCCGCAGUUUUCCAGCAUCUGGUUUUCAGUCUCUGUGGGCCACUCGAUCGCACCGGCAACAGUCCUGUGUGCUUUCAGCUUUCUUGGGUCCCUUUUAGUGUCAAUUAGGCGUCGGUGAGCCCGUGGUUUCGUAGUUUUAAUGUAGUUUUAGGAGAGGAGCUCACCGACCAUGCAACCGCUCAGUAUGGCGUCCAGCGAAGUGUUUUCAUUUUCAACAGCCUCUGUUGGACAUAUCUGUUUUCAUCUCAUUACAGUUAAUAAAAAAUGCUAAUAAUAAAAAGAUGUCUUAGAUCAAAGAUAUGUAUGUCAUAGCUUCAUUCAAAUAGCUACAUAGUAAUCAGAUGAGAAAAGACAAAGUUAUCACGUUAAUAACUGAAUCUCUUGGUCUCUGUGACACAGCCAUCUCUCCUAACGCUCUUUCAGUGUCUCUUUUUCCAAUUACACCUUCUCUCCUGGUCCUGUCUCAGUUGGAGUCCCUCAAGGUUCAGUUCUUGGUCCCUUUUUGUUCUCUCUCUAUACUGUCUCUCUUGGCAAACUCAUUAAUUCAUUUGGAUUCCACUAUCACCUGUACACUAAUGACACCCAGACAUAUCUCUCCUCCACUGACCUCUCCCCUGCUGUCCUACAACAUGUCACCAAUUUCCUUUCUUCUAUCUCUGACUGGAAGUCCUCCUGCUUUCUGAAACUCAAUCUCUCUAAAACUGAGUUUUUUUAUUUUUCCUCCUCAUAAAACUGAUCCCCCUCCUUCACUCUCCCUGCAGGUUAAUGGUACCUGCCUCACCCCAACCUUUCAAGCUUGCGGUCUUGGUGUCAUUUUUGAUCCUGGCCUCUCCUUUGCGCCUCUUGUCCAGUCUGUUGCUAAAACCUGUCGAUUCCACCUUUAAAACAUUACCCGCAUACACCCCUUUCUUACGCAAGAUGCUGCCAAGGAGCUUGUUCAUGCUCUAGUAAUCUCUUGCAUGGAUUACUGUAAUUCCCUCCUAAUUGGUCUCCCCAGAAGCCGUACUGCCCCCCUACAAUCUGUGGUGAAUGCUGCUGCCAGGCUGAUCUUUCUCUCCUCUCACACCUCACCCCUCUGUUGAUCCUUACACUGGCUUCCUGUACCCUACAGGUGUCAAUUCAAAAUACUAACCCUUACCUAUAAAGCUCUAACCAACUCUAGCCCCUCUUACAUUUCUUCACUGAUUCAUAGGUAUGCCCCCUCUCGGUCUCUCUGCUCUACUGGUGACCUUCUCCUGUCUGCUGCUCGCACCCUUACUGCAAAUUCACGCCUGCAAGUCUUCUCACGGGUGGCUCCUUUUCUUUGCAACAGCCAGUCUACCCCUGUCAGACUCCCCCCUAGUCUUUAAUCCUUUAAGAAGUCCCUAAAAAUUUCAGGAAUGUUUAUGGCGUCCAAGAGUAACUUCCAUCUCUCAAACAUUCCUCUUGCUCUCUCCUAUACGGCCACACUCCCCUCUCACCUCCAGUUCUGCUACUUUCCCACCACGUCUAUUUGCUCUCUCUCUCAAUACCCUUCCUGUUGUGUUUUUAUACCCCACCUCCUCUAGACUGUAAGCUCGUUUGAGCAGGGUUCUCAACUACCUAUUCUUCCCGUUACAUUUCAUUAUCUCAUUUGUUAAAUUCCCAUUUUGUUAUAAAGCACGGCAGAAUAAGUUGGCGCUAUAUAAAUACCAAUAAUAAUGUCUUUGAUUUAUAAACCAUAAAUAAAAACAGCACUCUUUGUGAUUACUGAUCAAUUCCAUUUACAAAUCACCAUUUAAAUGUUCAGUAGAAUCAGUUAGUCAGUGUGCAACUCACAUAUUAGGUAAUAUUCAAUCAGCUACGACAUUGUGUAACUUCCUAGUUACUUUCAACUAAAAUCUCUCUCUGACCUCAAUAAUCAGAGCUUGCACGGCUGCCUCUUACCAUCUAGGGAUGUGACUUGACAAACCAGCUCAAACCCUUUUAGCUAAAAGAGUAAACAGCACUACACAAGGAUUUAAAUAUAUGCACUGGAAAAAUAAUUCUAAAAAAAAUAAAAAGUAAAUUAUAAUCAUCAUAAGCAUUACAUGCCCCACGAUGCUCUUCGUUUAUACACUUAAAAUGCCAACAUAGCAGGCGUUUGGGAAGGAGUUAUUGGACUUCGUUUGGACAGAUUAUGGACAUUGCAGGUGUGAUAUGUUAAGAAAUUCUAAUAUAUUUUUUUUCUAUAUUUUCACAGCAUAUCUUCAUGACUUGGGCAUUGUACAUCGUGAUGUCAAAGUGAGAAAAUCUCUAAUUAUAAAAUAGAGAAAUCUGGUGGGUGCUAAUAUAGAGGGGGAAACAGAGGACCAGACAAAAGGAGAAUUUGAUAAGGACAGUUGGGAAAGAAAAAUCAGAGUAUACUUAAUUUUAUGUUUCAUGAAACACAGACAUGAUUUUUCUUUUUUUUCUCUCUCAUUUUUGCAGAUGGAAAACAUACUGCUGGAUGAGAGAGGUAAAUACAAUAUUUGGAUGUGUGUAUAUGAUGUUUCAUGUUGAUCUUAUACGAACGCAGAGUAUGUAUAAAAGGAUCUACUUUGUCCUUUCUUUAGGGCACUUGAAGCUAUCAGAUUUUGGUCUUGCCAAGCAUCUGUCUUUUGGAGAACGGACAUAUACAAUUUGUGGAACCCUUCAAUAUAUGGGUAAGAAGAUAUCACUGACUGUUUGUCUUUGGGAUUGCACAAUAUGUUAGAAUUAUAAUGUCUAUAUAUUUCUAGAUUUGGAAAAUGGAUUGAAUUGAAUUAAGCACUGGAAAGAGGAAUGUUCAUUAUAACGCUAAGUUUACAUUUUCAUGAACUGUAUGUAGAACAGGAGUGCUCAAAAGGAAGAUCCCCAGAUGUUUUAAAACUACAGCUUCCGUGAGGCUUUGCCUUCUAAAGGCAUACAGAGCAUCAUGGGAGUUGUAGUUCUACAACAUCUGGGGAUCUACCUUUUGGGCACAAAUGAUACAGACGCUUCAACUACAACUACAAAAAAAAAAAAAUUAAGCAAAGCAGCAUUAGCCAAUAAGGUGACCUUAGGCGGCUGUCUAGGGCCCAGGAUCCAUGAAAUUGUUUGGCCCUAUUUACUAUCCCUAUGUGAAAAAUGAAGGUGGGAUCCACAACGGUAAACUGCCUAGCGUCCUGUGAGAUCUUAAUCCUUCUCUGAAUGUAACAUAACAAAGAAAGUUAACUGUGUGUUAAGCAGAGAAUGGCACCAUUAAUGCACCUUAAUUGAUUCUUAAUCCAGAGGUGCAAGAUUUCCAUGUAACAAUUUAAUUGACCCAUUCUAAUGGUGGAAAAUAUUAUAGGGAAACUCUAGACACCAUAACCAUUUCAACUUAUUGAAGUACCGGUAGCUAUCAUAUGAGAGUAAUGUCCCUGCAGACUUUAACUCGACAAAUUUACCAAAAUGUAAAAUAAAAAGGAGUUGAAAGCAGACAUAGCUCAGCUUCCAAGCCCUGUUACAUACCAGUGUGUUAGCAUGCAGCACAAAUGUGGAAAGGACUUGCAUGUGCUGAUUAAGGAAGACUGAGGAAGGUGAAGGAAACACAUGCAGAUGUUAGUGUAUCUUAAAAUAAGAUUAGGAUAUUGCUCGUGUGACUUACAUGUGUUCAUGGGAGAGUUCAAACUCCAUCGCCUGUUAAGGAUUCUGUCAUGACAUUCUCUUAAGGAGGUCUCCAACUUUGGUCUUUUGGCUGUUGGACUACAAAUGAUUAAACAUAUUGUCCAGGGACAGCCAAAAAGCCACGUUUGGACACCCGUGAUGUAAAUGAAACAAGAGUUGAUAUAAUAAUUUAAGUAUUUGUAUAUUCCCAAUUUAUGCUAUUUUGCCUUUUAUUUCAUAUAAUACAAGCCCCCGAAGUUCUUUCUGGAGGUCCUUACAGUCACGCAGCAGACUGGUGGUCGUUAGGUGUACUACUGUUUGUUUUGUCAACUGGAGAGGUAAGCAUUACUUAUAUGACCUUGAAUUCAGACAUGUUUACACAUUACAUUCUAUUUUACUGUGCUGAGCACAUUUCUUAUUCCACAGUUUCCCGUUUCUCCUGAGAAAGACCACAUGGGUAUGCUGGAGAGUGUUAACCAAGCAACAUAUGAUGUUCCAACUUGCCUGAGCCAAGGGCUAUCCCACCUCUUAAAAGAGGUAAUAGCAGUACAGUCCAAUUUUCAGUUGCAACCAUUCUUUAACAUAAUGGGUGGAAAAGUAUCAAAACUGACUAUCAAAGUAUCAAAAUUCCUGUGGAAUAAUAGGAUUCCUAAACAUGCUACGUUGUUUUCCCUCAAAUGUGUGUGUGCUAAGGAUUUUAGACAUAUGAUAUAGUCACCAAAACCACUACAGCUUAAUGUAGUUGUAAUGGUGUCUACAGCCUGUCACUGCAGGCUUUUUAAAGUAAACAUUGUAUUUUCUGAGCAAAGGCAGUGUUUACAUUGCUGACCAGUAACACCUCUAGUGGCAGUCACUCAGAUGACCACUAGAGGUACUUCUUGGGUCAGUGCAGUGUACAGCACUGAUGUUCAGCUCCUCCACCCUAUGGGUGCAAACUCUCAUCACCCUUAACCCUGAGCAUGUAAUUAUUGCAGUUUUUUUAUACUGCAAUAAUUACCUUUGAGGGUUAACUCCUCCUCUAGUGGAGACCUUUGGUCUGUUAUCUGACGCUGGAUGUCCUCACGCUCUGUAUGGUGGACGUCGGCGGGGUAGGAGCAUGGGCGGAGCUGAGCCAGCGCCAAGGGACAUCGGCGCUGGACCCAGGUAAGUGACUGAAGGGGUUAUUAACUCCGUCAGCCCUGUGGGAUGGGGCCUUGGCAAAGAGGGAAGCUAUAGGGCCAGGAAAACAAGUUUGUUUUCCUGGCACUAUAGUUUCCCUUUAACUCUGUGUGUGAAAUUAUUAUUAAAAUAAAAUAAAUAAUGACAUUUGUACAUGCACUGUUUGAUACUCCUUGUCACCAAUAUAAUUCCUGUGUGCAGCCGUAUUUUAUUCUAUUAUUAAAGUCCAUCCAUGUACUGAAUACAAACAUUUUUAUUUGUAUAAGCUCCUGUGCAAAGUCCCAAAACAGCGGCUGCGAUACCUUCACCAGUUCAAAAGCCAUCGUUUUUUUCGAGGCAUUGCUUUUGACCCGCUUCUACUGCAGAAAUGUCCAGUUGAAUUUGUUAUGAUGAUGCGGAAGGCAGAAAUUACAGAUCUCCCAGCAAGUGAUAUUUUUGAAGAUUUUGACUGUGAAUUAACUGGGAAUGUGCACUUUCCAUGCCCAGCCUAACGUAGAAAAGUCAGUGUCUGGUUCAUCAUUUGGCUGAAUCUUGUCUAAAUUGCAAAGACAGCGGUUAAUCCUUGGACAAAUUACUUUAUAUUAAAGUUGGGACAGAGUCUUAGCAUUAGUUAGUGGGAACCAUAUUUCUCAAGGCAGGACUUGAGCAAUUUUAGUGCAAAGUGCUGCAUUGGAGAUAAACAUAAAAUCCAUUGGUAAUGCAAUAUUUAUUUAACAUUAUCUAAUAUUAAUUACACAGAGGGACUGGUUAGAGAGCUCAUCCGUCUACAAAGCUUAUCAAAUUGAUUCCAUAUCAUUUACUAUAUCAAAUCAUAGCUAUUAACAGAUGCAUGUACAAUCUUGCUGGGAUUCACCUCCACUCUCAGUGUUUGUCUGCUUCUCUAUUUAGGGAAGGUAAAGGCUUGCUCAAUGCACUCCACUCUGCAAAUCACAUCUACAUUAAACAGGGGUCCUUCCCAGGCAGGCCAGGGCAGCAUUUAAGAUCAUGGCCACCCUCUUUUGCCUCUUCCUGUUGUCUUGGAGGUAGAUCUCCAGGUAAGGUGCCUCCACUACCUAAUAAGGAGUGCCAGAUGCUCUCAUCACUAAGCUAAGUCUUGCAGUGAUUAUGAACUUCAUGAUCUCCAUAGGAAGUAGUGGAGCUUUGGAGCAGCAACCAGCGAACCACAAGUAUCAAGGCAAACCAUUCCAGAAUGGCUUGAUUUCUUAAGUGGGGAAUGGGUAAGCUGUAGUAGUGAUGGGGUUUUUGUGUUCCUUUAAUUGGGAUUUUACAAGUAAACCCCAAAGGGCUUGUACAUCUACUGAUUGGGGUUUUUUUUUGUUUUUGUUUUUAACUCUUAAGAGGUGCUCACGUCAUAUUUUAUGUGUUCAUGUUGACACCUAAGGUAGGCUAAAUUAAUGCUUCCUUUCAUAUUUUAUUAUUUACUUAUUAUUCAACAUGAAGUUUAUUUUGCCACUGGGCAGCCUUGUUCUCAUUCCUGCUAGUUAAAGUGGUUACUGCUUAUCCUUCUGGUUUGGUGCAAUAAUGGUAAAAUUCACCUUAGUGUACCAAUCUUGAUAAAAUGUUUACGGUAUUUGAAAUUUGGACAAACAUUGUAUAUAAUUCAAUUUAGAGGGUUUUUUUUAUGAAAAGUGUAGAACCAAGUGGUGGUAGAGUAGCAAAGCAUAAUGGGAGUUGCAGCUCUGCCACCUGGGGAUUUACUUAAUUGGACCUUGUUGUCCACACAUUUUGUAAACAAUAGGUUAACUUUAUUGUUAGCACUUGUAGAUUUAAAAUGUAGUUUAUAAUGUAGAUUUAAAUGUAUAUGUUGUAUAAAUAAUUCUAUAAACUACAGCAGAUGUGCACAUAUGCUACAAAGCAUAGGGAUCAAUUCCAGAUAGCUAAGAUUGGAGCUAAAUAUAUAACUUAGAGUUACGUGUUUCCUAUUAAAGGACCUCUAAAGUCAUCCAGGCCACUUCAUCUCAAUGAAGUGUUCUGGGUGCAGUGGUCCUGCUUUUUUUUUUUUUAAACAGCAAUGUUUACAUUGUCAGCCUGACAGCCACUAGACAACUAAAGGCACUGCUGCAGCACUGAUCUAGUAAAACUAGUUCAUGUGAUGUGUAAGCCCCAUAGGAAAACACUGAUUCAAUUUGUAAAAACCUUUAUGUUAUGGCACAAGCAGGGGUGGGGGAGGGAAUAUAUAGAACUAGGCAAAAGGGCCCUAAAGGGAUGCUUGUUUUUUUACUAAUUAUUUUGUUAGCACAAUGUAAUUUUUUUUGUUAAAUGAAACAGACCCAUGAAUACAUUUCUAAAGCACAAAUCUAGAGCAGUUUUGAUACUCUAAAUAGCUUAUAAUUUAUAUUAUUUUAAUAAUUUGAGCUGCAAUCAGGUGAAAAGGGGGUAAAAGGUAUUGCCUAUAACACUCUGAAAUUUUAAUGACAGCUGAGUUGGGCUUUCUUAUUAAACCUACUGAACUCUCUAUCAAUAUAAAUGAAAUUGCGUUGACAAAUGCUCAUUAAAGGUACACUGUAGGUACCCAGGCCACUUCGGUUAACGGAAGUACUCUGUGUGCUGUGAUCCUUUUGCACUUAGUGCUGCAAUGUUUACAUUGCAGCUCAAGGUCUGCCCUCUGUGGCUGUCUAACAGACAGCCACUAGAGGGCUUCCGGAAUCCAAAUGGACUUUUGGUCCGUUAUCUGACUCUGGACAUCCUGACGCUCUGCAUGAGGACCUCCAUCGUCAGGUUUUCCCCAUAGGAAAGCACUGAAUAAUGCUUUCCUAUGGGGAGGUCUAAUGCGCGUGCGGCCAUUGCCGCGCAUGUGGUCUCCCCCACUGGCUGACGUUGGCAGGGGAGAACUGUGGGCGGAGCUUGACCCAGCGCUGAGUGACAUCAGCGCUGGAUUCAGGUAAGUGGCUGAAGGGGUUUCAACCCCUUCAGCACAUUGGGGGGGCGAGGGAGGGGUGCACUCCAGGUGCCUAUAGAGCCAGGAAAAUGGGUUUGUUUUCCUGGCACUAAAGGAUCCCUUUAAGGAGCUAUAUGGUCAGUGUUGAACCCACUUUUUUGUGCCAUCCUUGUAUGUCUACAGAACUUUUGUUUUUAGCACCUAUUAUGUAUUUGUAAGUGUCCUCUUUGUAAACAAUCUGUUUAAUGCCACAGUAAAGAGAUAUUUGCUGGUUUUCUUAUACAAAUAAAAUGUAUUUGUGGUCUA